GUUUCUUCUCCUCUCUAGUUUCUACAAACAAGAAAAAAAAUGGACAGUGCAACAAGAAGAGGGCCUUUUUGUUAUACUGCUUUACAAAGGAAGAGUAGCCUCACAAGUCUUUCUUCUUCUUCAAUGUCAUCUCCAAGAUUUGCUGGUGGAAGAAAGUACUAUGAUACUACUAGAUUUCAACAACCCCAUUUCUUGGAUGCUUGUUUUCUUUGUAACAAACCACUUGGUUAUAACAGAGACAUUUUCAUGUACAGAGGGGAUACUCCAUUCUGUAGUGAAGAAUGCAGACAAGAACAGAUAGAUAUGGAUGAAGCAAAAGAGAAAAAAAUAAAUCUUUCAGCAUCCAAGGCUUUGAGAGAAAAGGACCAGACUACUUCUCCCAAAAAUUUCCAUUUUCCCAGAGGCACAGUUGCUGCUGCUUGAGUCAAUAAA